GUAAAAAGGUGUACGAGUGUAGUAACCAGCAGCAUGCAGAAGCGGCUACACAUUGAUUCCCCCACAUUACCUCCGUCUGCGAGAAGGCAAAAGCAAAAGACAAGUUUCGCCGGAGGUAGUAGUAGUGAGACGGCGUCUCCCUUCGUAUCGCCUUUCUUCGUCGAGACCUUCUUUGAACAGUUUACUCGAGCCGAAAGUUGUAAGUUCGUUCGCGAUUCGAGGACUACGCGAAAAUCGAUGAUCCAAGGAGUGCGUUUACCACCUCUGAUAAUCAAGAUGCCACGUUUAUCUAACCGCAGGAUCGUAAUAGCCGCUCUUUUCGUCGUUGCAGUGGCAUUGCCGAUGAAGAAUGUGACGGCUAACUCCACAACGAGCUUGAACCUGACGGAAACAAUGUUUUCGGUUGACGACGACGGUGAGGAUAUGGAAUUCAAAGAUCGGUACCGAAGACUGAUACCGUACAUGACGUUUUACGUGUCGAACAACAACGUGAACCAGCAAUCGCAGUCGCAGUCGUCGACUCCUUACAAGGGAACGAUGAGAAUUUCACCAAAUGUGCAAAGAAGACCGGCGCCUCCAGUGCCUCCAGCUUCUCACCUGCAAUACAACAAUUAUGGAACAAGAAACAACCACCCAACGGGAGUCGGAAGCGGCGCAAAAAAGACCCAACAAUACUACGUGAGUCCGCCGGCAGUUCAUCAUGAAAAAUUCAUACCGUCUGUCCAAUAUGACCCGAAAGACAUGGACAACGAGGAGUACUUUACGCCUGUGCGAUACACCCAGAGUCCCAAUAUCGACGACUACCAAUCGUCCUACUACCAGAGGCUCAGCUACCAGACGCCACGGCCAACGACAUCCUCGUCGACUCUGCGCGUCAACGAACAUCAGCAUCAACAGCGACCGCUUCAGUUGUACUUCACAACGCACAGACCAACCACGACGAAAUUCACACCUGCUGGAUCGUACGCCGAGAUCUUGGUGAGGAAGGAAUCGCUGCCGAAACGACCCACUCAGAGACCGCUGUCCAAGCCUUACGUCAAGUACGACCAAGGGGAGACGAUAAAUUAUUCUGGGGCUGAAUUCGAACCUCAGCGAUACGCCAGACCGCAGCCAUUCAGACACCCGGAACAGGUUUCGGCACCUUUGCAGUCUUCUUCUUCUUUUCCAUCUUUUUCUUCGUCUUCUCAUCAGCUUGGUCAGAGACAUCGAAAUCCGUCGACACAGGCGAACCUGAACCACAUAAUACAAAGUCUACAGCUGACUAAUCAGCUUCCAGAGAUGCUGAACGCGGAUAAUAUCGACGAGAGUAUUAAAACCCUUGUAGAAAUACUCAGCCUGUUGAACAACGGAAGGAAGUACGAGCUGCCGCACUCUCAGCAAAACUCAGGCUCCGUCUUGCCGGUUGUCGACUCAUCUUCGAAGUACGUUCAGGAGUAUCAAGACGAGUAUCAAGACGCCUAUCAAGGCGCUCAGGCCAGGCCCAAACCCUCUGCGAAGAGGCCGUUCGAACCGACUCGAAUCAGGCCAAUUGUAGUUCAGGAUAACACGAGGCCAUCCAACGGACCUUAUCACGUCAAUGUGAUUGACGUCAUAGGGAGAAAAUACUUACCGACAGUGUUGGCGGAGGAUCAGAAAGAGGCUACUGGGCUCUCGGAGCGACCUGUAAUAGUUGAAACCACAACGUCGCAAGGGUAUAAAAUAGAUGAAGAAACUCCGGAGGAUCCUCCGAUGGACGACAAUGUCGCAGUGACGAUCUUUCCUCUGACCACCGAAGAACCUGCGGCACAAAAUUAUCCACCACCUGACGGAGCCUCGUCGCAUGUCCAAAACUUUCCACCGACGCCACUGAAAUACGGAGCAACCAGAGGUAAACCUAACGUCGAUUACCCAGCAUACGCUACGAUACCAAAAACGGAAUUCAGCUGCGCCACCCAACGGUAUAAAGGCUUCUUCGGAGACCCUGACACGGGGUGUCAAGUCUGGCAUUACUGCGACUUGAACGGUGGAAUGUCCUCGUUCUUGUGUCCAAACGGUACGAUCUUCAGUCAGGUAGCUUUGACUUGCGACUGGUGGUUCAACGUCAAGUGUGAGUCAACGGCACAGCUUUACGUACUCAACGAACGAUUGUACAAGUACAUACUUCCUGUGAUGCCCAAGUUUCCCGAAGAUUUUAGCGGGCCGGAGGUUGAUCGGUACUUGGAAUUGAAGUUUAAAGAAAUGGAGGCAAAAAUGAAAGAGAAGAAGCUUAGAAAACAACAGAUGGACAAAAAUAAGACAAAGAACAGCACGCAGGUUGAAGACAAUGUUAGGCAGUAAAUUGACGAUUCGAUAGAAAGUGAUUUGAUAUUCCAUUUUUCAAUAUUAAUUUUCCUUUCCUAAUAACCGGUAACAACUGACACUUCAACGA